CGGCGAGACGCGCUUCAAUGCGGCGCACACAGCGUCCACCAAAAACCGGCUCUUUCUCUAACGUUUCCUUGUUGUGGUUGGUGGACUGCGCCGCAACUGUUCUUCCUUCCCGGCGAUUUCUUAGCGAUCGCCACCAGACACGAAUUUAGGGAAAACGGCAAAGUUUCCCAAGAAAUGUCUAAAAUUUAAGUUUGCGACCGGUGGACGUGUGUUGUAGUUCAUGAAUGUCUCUUAAGGUCGUCUGAGCUGUUGAGAGGAAACAGUCCGUGAUUUUUAAUCUAAACGUCUUUCGUCACUCACACCGGUGUUUGCGUCAAACUUAAAAAGUGACGCCAGGGCGGCCGGUGGCUUCCCCCCGACAUCCGCCGUCUGAUAGUGGGUUUCGAUAAGCGCCAGGUUUCGGGGUCCACCUUAAACCGGAGACCCGUUCCCGUGAGCCGCCGAGCGGAGCUGCAGCCUGAGCGCAGACCCGCUCACGGACCGGGUUUCACGGCGGAUCCCGCUGCUUUCCGCGGUUCGACAUGAAUUUUUCUGAAGCUAAAUCGGAGCUGAAGCAGCUGCUGAGCAGAGUGAGCCCGUCCGAGCUCCCCAAAGUCCUGGACUGGGUCAGGAACGCAGGCGAGCUGGACGACCUGCUGGUGGACAACAGGAAGGUGAUGCUGCAGAGCAUCGCGGACGACCUGAGGGCCGGUCUGCCUCUGGACGCCAUGUUACCCUCUGAGACCGCCGCCCACCACAAGAUGCAGCAGCGGUCGCGGCCGACGCUCCACGUGGACGGCUUCCUGUACGAUGACGAGCAGGUGGACUCUCUGUGUGAGGAGGGAGCCAUGAGCCGGACCUACUGCCUCGCCUGUGGGUCCUACAGGACGGCACCUCUGGACUUCAUCUCCCACUCGUUCUCUGUGUCCGAGCUCCAGUUUCUGUUCCAGAACGUUCUUCCAGACCUGAGCGGUCGGAUGCUGGUGGACGUCGGAUCCAGACUGGGAGCUGUGCUGUACGGGGGUUACGUGUACAGCUCGGCCUCGCGCCUCCUCGGUCUGGAGCUCAGCGAGGAGUUCGUCAGGCUGCAGAACAACAUGCUGCACAAAUACAGACUGGAGGACAGAGUUCAGGUUCUCCACGCUGACGUCUGCACGCAGGACGUUCUCCUGCAGAACACCGACGUUCUGGUCAUGAACAACGUCUUCGAGUUCUUCAUGGAGCCCAGUGAGCAAGUCAGAGCCUGGAGGUUCAUCAUGCAGAACUUUGUGAAGACAGGGGCUCUGCUGGUGACUGUUCCCAGUCUUCAGGAGAGUCUGAACGCUCUGCAGGAGGCGCCGCGGCCCGGCUGGGUGGAGGAACUUCCUGUGGACUAUGACGUUUACCUGGGCAGAGACACAGACCCCAACGCCCUCAGACAGAUCCACCUUUACAGGGUCAUGUGAACUGGACUGGACUGGUUUCCAUUGGCCUUAACUGGUUUGAAUUGUUCUGGACUGUUUUGGACUGCUCCAAAAAACUUAAAACUUGGCUCCCUUGGUCUGGACCCAUCUGAGGUCAGUCCGAUUCCUGGUCUGGGGUGUUGUGGUCUGCAGCUGUGAUCAGAUCCCAGUGUUUCCUAACGUCUCUGUCCCCGGCUCCAACUCCUGCUGGAUGAACAGACGAUGAACGACAGUGAAACACAGGAAGGAAAAACAGAAAAUAUGUGGAACAGACACUGGACGUUAGUAGACACUUCAACAUCUGCUCACAGCUGCAUUACAGUCUGUUCUAAACCAAUAAUUACAUCUUGAUGAACCGAUUGUUCGUGAUAAACACCGCGACUUAACCAUUUCAUCAAGGGUUGUGAGUCUGUACAUCCAAACCUGAUUAAAAGUGAAUUAAUGAAA